CCACGUCGGGCGCUGUGAGCCUUGGGGGUAGUGCAAUUCUCGCGUCUGGUGCGCGCCUAACGCCUGCUAGUCGAACGUCUGCCUAGGGUCGGCUUUUCGCACAGUUGCAUUAGAGCGUUGAGCGAGAGUGGUGGUUGAUCGUGGUCCGUACGUCCGUCUCGAGCAGUAGCGAUCGUGCGAAUCGUGCAAUGUGAUAGUGUUGUAGCAAUGAGCAAUAUUACCAGUGGCAUGUGUAGGAUAAGUUUCUAAGAGCCAUACGCGAGACCCUUCUAGUAGAGGGAUUUUGAAGAAGGGAACGAGAAUCAAACGUAGCGCACGAUCGACGUCUAUUAUGCUUGGAACGAGUUUCUCUCGAUCAACAGCCGUAGCAUUAAUAAAGAUAAAGUAGUGGGGAAGGAAGUAGUGUGUAGAGCGUCGUCGUCGUAGCCGUCGUCCACACAGUUUACAGUGCGUGGUGCAAUUAUGGCGGAUGAGAGUGUCGAUGCAAUGGCACUCAAUCUUGAAGAUCCCGUACUGGGACAGAGCUUAACGCUGACCUUUCGCAACAUCUGCUAUCGGCGGAAGGAUCAAAACGGUGGACGGCCGAAGGACAUCAUCAAGAAUGUGUCGGGCCGGUUUCAGCCCGGUCGGUUGGUGGCCAUACUGGGCCCAUCCGGUGCUGGGAAGUCUUCGCUGCUCGGUAUCCUCUCCGGAUUAAGACAGACGGGCUUCAUCGGAACGAUCGAAGUGAACGGGUACAUGCUGGACAGAAGAAAGUAUCGCCAGCAGUGUGUCUACAUCCAGCAGGACUUUAAUCUGAUCGAACAUCUGACCGUGCUGGAAACGAUGAGCUACGCCGCCGAGCUGAAGAUGCCCAACAGAUCCGAAAUGGUGCGCAAGAAGAAGGUGAACGAAAUCUUGCACAUCCUCGGGCUGGACGGCGGCAUGCGUACACUGGUCAAGAAACUCUCGGGCGGCGAAAAGAAGCGCCUCUCGAUCGGCAUUGAGCUGGUAAGCAAUCCACCGAUAAUUCUGCUCGACGAACCGACGAGCGGCCUGGACAGUGUGUCCGCGAUGGAGCUUGUGAGCUACGUCAAAACAGUCGCGAGCGAGGGCCGUACCGUGGCCUGUGUCAUCCAUCAACCUUCGUCCAGCUUGUUCCAGCUGUUUGACGACCUGUACCUCCUAUCGGCCGGGAUGUGUAUUUACGAUGGGCCGCUGGGCGGAAUGGUGGGCACGUUUGCCGAGAGCGGGUACCACUGUCCCAAGUUCUACAACCGGGCCGACUUUGCGUUGGAGGUGGCGUCCAAGCCGCUGCGAGAGCUGGAACAGCUGGUGCAUCGCUACAACCGACUCGCUAUCGACCGGAAGCAAUCGCGCCAGGAAAACAGUAUCAAGGACGAUAGACUCGCGAGCGCGCCAACGGUGGACGAUGAUGAUAUCGGGCCGGAAGACCUGCCCGCCAGCUCCAGGCCCCGGGGACGUUAUCAAAUUUCGCAAUGGAAACAAUUUUACGUGCUGCUGCGAAGGUCGCUACGCGUAACUUCGAGAGAUUUUUUUUUUGCUCAGCUGCGUGUUAUUGCCCACAUACUGGUCGGUGUGCUGCUCGGCGCAGUAUUCUAUCAAUCCGGUGAGGACGGCUCGCUGGUGAUGGUGAACGGUGCCUGUCUGUUCUUCUUCCAGCUGUUUAUCUUCUUCGGCAACGCUAUGCCGUGCGUUAUAACUUUUCCUCUCGAAACGAAAGUGUUCAUCCGCGAGCGGCUCAACAAUUGGUACUCACUCGAGGCGUACUACCUGUCCAAAAUAGUGGCCGAUCUACCGCUGCAGAUCAUCUGCCCGUCACUGUUCCUGGCGAUCGCUUACUACCUUACCGGCCAACCGUUGGAAUGGGAAAGGUUCCAGAAGCUGUGCCUGGUGCUGCUGCUCCUGGGGAUAUUCGCCCAAACGGUGGGCCUUCUGUCCGGGGCCGCGUUCGACAUUCAGAUGGCCACCUUCUUUGUGCCGUGCUUCAGUAUUCCAUCGCUACUGUUUUCGGGCUUUUUCGUGAAACCGUACGAAAUGAACGAAUAUCUCAGCUACAUCUCGUACACGUCCUUCUUCCGCUACAGUCUGCAGGGAUCAAUGCAGGCGAUCUACGGCGGGAAUAGGGCAGCGUUUCCCUGCUCGAAGGACAUCUGCUACUACAACAAGCCGAGCAAGUUUCUUAAGUUUAUGGACACGCGGGAAGAUGGGUAUUGGGAGAAUGUGUACGUACUGCUGGGGUUCAUAGCGGCGUUUCAAGUCAUUCUGUACGUUGUGCUGCGCUUUCGGUUAAAAAUAUACCAAUAAUGGCUGGAUCGGUGGUGGAAGACAACGAA